GGCUCGUUUAAUAUCACUCUUCCCCUCCUCGCUGAGACCGAAAUCAGAAUUAAUCUCAGGGCUUAUUCUCCUCGCGUCCUCGGUUUUUUUUCUAGUUCUCCUCCAUAGCAGCAAGCCAGCAAAGCUUCAGUUGUGAAUUCCAGUUGCUAGGAUUUUUUUGGAAGGGUCCAGCGUGAUGAUGCCAGAACAAAAGCAGCCUGAUGCUUGGGAAGGGGAGCGGGCUAACCUUAACAGCCAGAUAUCCGUGUUGACUGCAAAGGUGAAGAGCUUAGAAAAUAAGCUGGUUAUUGAUAACAAUGCAUGGGCAGCGCAGAAGGUUCGCAGUGAGGGAACUUACAAAGCCCAAAUAGAGAAUUUGGGGGCUAUAAAUCUGAAGUUAUGUGGGGAUAUACGCAAGCUUGAGCAGAGGCUAGUGAAAGGUAGUAGCGAUGCUGCUCAGCUUUAUAAAAAGGAGAAGAAGCUUGAGAAGAUAGAGGCGCGUCAGAAGAGGGAAGAAGAAUCACUUGGGGACAGGAAAAGGGUUCUUGAGCAUCAGCUUAAAGCAUUUGAGAGGACGACUCAGGCGGUGCGCUCUUUCGCCUUCUUUGGCCGUGAUACCCCGGAUACCGACCUAGGAUUCAUUUCAUCUGGGUGGAUCAUUUUUAUGGCCUUUAGUCAUAUGAUGUUUGGAUUGGUAUGUUUUGGAUUUUUAGGAGAUCGCACCUAUGACACUUUUGUCGCUGCAUAUUAUACCUCAUCUGUUACGGUGUAUACAGUGGGAUUUGGUGAUGUUACCCCUCCGUUAGUCUACGCUUGGAUUAUUGAUUUGAUGUCGAUUCUCGCACAGUUUGCUCCCAUUAUCGUUUCUUUCUGGGUGCGUCACGUAGCACAGAGAUUAGACCGGAGAUAUCUAUCUGAUAUACAGACUGCACAGCGGAGGCAUCUCUUUCGACUAUUUGCAGCUUUUUCCACGAUCAUGGUGACCAUUGGUUUGACGAUGCUGGGCAUCUAUGUUUUUGAGAGAGAUCGACCCAUAGUUGAUCCAUGUCGUUCAUGUUCAUGUCCAUGUCCAUGUCCAUCUCCAUCUCCAUCUCCAUCUCAUUCCGGCAUUUCUUCUACACAUGACUUGGGCAUUUUGCAGAUCAUUCACUUGGCUAUGAUGAUCGUGACUACAGUGGGAUACGGAGAUCUUGCUUUUUCGACUAUUUCUGGGAGACUAUUCGCCACAUUUUGGAUUCCCAUCUGUGUUCCCUUGUUUGCUGCAGCGACAUCAUAUCUUGUGGAGGCUAUCAUACACUAUUCUAGAAAGCGACCUAUGAUAGGUAUCGUUUGAUAUAUGGUGCCCCACAGUUGAGUAUUGAGUAGCGACACUAAUCUACCUUAGCAGUUUUUUAGAUGUAUUUUUCCUGUAAAAUGUGCCUCACUAUUUCCACAUUAAUGGUAGUAUUGGCAUCGGGAAGUAUUGCUUUUUUUUUUUUUUUUUUUUAUAACAAAUCGCUGAAGUUUAAUUGAUGAUUAUUAUUGAAUUUUUCGGAACCCAAAAGUGACAUUUUGCCUUUAAAUGGAGUGAUACCCACCCCCCACCCCACCAAAAAAUAAAAAAAAUUGUUUGAGUCGAUGAUUGUUGUUCUAAAACGCGCCUGCCCAGGCCGCCUUGGCGCUGUGUGCACCCUCAUCGCCCCUGAUUAUGAGCUAGGCGGUCUAAGAAAAUCUCUCGGAGGUCGGUCCUGGGUGCUGGGCGUCGCUCUCUUUUUUUGUCUCUCUCUCAUCAAAACUAAAAACCCACAACUCCACUCCAUGUCUGCUCUGUACCUCUCAAAACCCUGAACUCUAACUGUUCUCUCUCUCUCUCUCUCUCUCUCUCGCAUCGAUGGUCGACUCACCCACACAUCUGUUAGGACUCUUGUUCUAUAAUUACAUAUUGUCAUGGGCUAAUGUGUUGAGCUACUUAAGUGGGCUGUGUUUCCAGCUUAGGCUUUCUAUGUAUAUAGCUGAUUGGACUCGGGUCGGGUCAUCAGGUAAAUUGGUGUGUCUAGGGAUGUUUGCAAAUAGAGCUAUAUAAGCUAUCAGCCUGCAUUGUAUGACUCAGUCAAUGAAAAAUCAUCUUUUAUCUUCU